AUGGAGACUGAUGCGAAUGCUAAAGCCUACGAUGAAGUCAGUGGACCACAAAUCGAAGUAGGUAGUCAAUUUAUCUGUGACUUCAACCUCUCCUUUGGAGACAAAGUGCUUGAGAUGGGUUGCGGUACAGGCCAUCUCACUAAAUAUAUCGCUGAUAUUGUUGGCCCUGAUGGUCAGGCGGUCGGAAUCGAUCCCGAUGCCGAGCGAAUCAAAAUUGCUGAAGAGAAAUAUAAAGAAGUACGCAAUCUUCAGUUCUAUGUUGGUAGCAGUGUGAUUGGAUUUCCAAACGAUAAUGAGCCGUAUUACGAUGUUCAUAUCAGCACGAAUGUAUUCCACUGGGUUCCUGAUGAUGAGAAAAGAAUUUACAUACAGAAAGCACAUCAAUGUUUGAAAGCUGGGGGGAAACUGGCCAUCUGGUGUUGCGCAAAGUUCCCGAAUGAUGUAGCGUUGACAGGAUUUUAUUCAUUAACCCAAGAGGGCUAUCGAGAUCUGUUUCAAGAGGUCGCGACGUCUCUUCAACAAUGUUGUGGUAGAGGGAGCGAUCUUCUCAUGUCGAUGUAAGUCAUUUGAAGAAUUCAAGCGUUGGUUAAGGGUUUCAUCUCCUCAUCAAAACACUGACGAUUAUCCGCUGCUUUUUAAGAAAUUUCUUAUCUCAGAAGAUGAUGGGCAAGUCAAUUUUGAACUACCAUAUGUUUCCAUCACAGCGCUGACGAAAAAUUGAUCGGCAUAAAAUGGCCUGCAUGCAGUUUAUUCAUGUGCACAGAACAUAGAACAUAGAAACUUGAUUAUAGUUCCCUAAAAAGGGAUCUUCCGCUACAAAGAAAUAAAUACUAUAUACAUAUAGUUAAUGUAAUGGCUAAAAUAGUUUUUGCUAAAAAGAUCAUUUAGUAGUCUUCGUGUCGUCAAUUUUCUUAAUAUCACGAGGUAGAUCAUUAUACAAUUUUGCUAUACACUAUUGCUAUAUUGUAGCACACUGUGGGGCGUGCUAAGAUUUUUUUAAACGAACUAAUUACGUGCCUACUAAAAUUACAGAAACGUGCUAAUUCUUGAACAGUCAACCGAAAUGCCUUCAAUUGUGGUUUUCCGUAAUUCAAUUGGAUACCUAUUUUUAAUCUAAUCAAAGUGAGAAAAAUAUUGAUGGUAUUUAAUACUUUAAAAACAUCUUGGCCGCCGGAUCAGUUCGUAAAUUGUUUGUCUUUGUUCGCGACUCUCAUCCAAUUCCAAACAGAUCGUCUAUCUGGUUGGAAUUGGAUCAUCCAAUACCAGAAUCCAAGAUUUCCUACAGUUGUGUAAGUUUAUUCAAUUCUUUACCAUCCGAAUUAAAAGAUAUUGAAAAUCACUCAAUGAAGAAGCCCAAAACCUACUUUCUUCAAUUGAAUUAUGAAGUGGAUCACGUUAAUAAGUUCCGCUGUAUCGAAUGUAAACAUAUUACUCAUUGUCAAUGUUAUCUCAAUAAGAUUUUUCAUAUUAGACAUCGAGGGCCAUUGGGAAGAAUACUAUUAAGUAAUCAAUGUAAUCCCUCAUUAAAUAAAGUUUUAAUAAUAAUAAGCUGUGACUUAAGCAAUUUAAACAAUAGAUAAUGAAACUUUAUGAGGUUUAUUAUGAGGCUUAAUUGCAUUCGGCACGACCAAAAUUCGACGUACAAAACAGGCCUAAGGGAAGAUUUCCAUGCACUUGCAGGAAAAAAAAUUCGAAAUAUUUCGCUUGAUUUCUUUUGAAUUGUGCACUGUGCAGACCAUCCGAAUAAAUCAGUUCUACUUGACACAAUUCAAAUGAAAUUGUUGUUGUUGUUGUUGUUGUUGUUGUUGUUGUUGUUGUUGUUGUUGUUGUUGUUGUUGUUGUUGUUGUUGUUGUUGUUGUUGUUGUUGUUGUUGUGUCGUUGUCGCUGCUGCUGUUGUUGUUGUCUAUAAAUAUUCCAAUUUAUUUAGACCACAGUCGUUGGCUUGGGCAGUACGUAAGUUAUCUCCAGGGAAGAACGCUGCUCCCAGUCCUCCACCAGUGUUCGCUAAGAACGCUGUCAGAACUCUGGAGUUUGAAUCGGAAGGAAAGACAGAAAGCAAUGUCAUAUCUUGGGCCGACAGAGUUAAAGGGAAAAAAACAAUUUCUUCUGAAUCAUCCGUAAAAGCCCAGGUAAUAUACGCAUUUAACAGCUAUUUACAGAUUGAGAGAGAUAUAUAACUACGUGAAAAAUGUAAGGAGAACUUCGACGUUUCGAGCGAUGAGUCGCUUGGGCCAAAAAAAAUAUGUGGGUUUCCUGUUUCUUCUUGUAAAAACUUAGGUAGGGUAGGUCGGUUUUAACUUCUUUUUUUUUAACUUUUUUUUAAUUAAUUUCCCUAACAACUGGACGCCAUUUUGUUUAGUCAGUGCUUCCACAUUCAAAGAUAAAUUUCCCUAAUAUUGCCUAAAAUUUCCAUUUUUCACAAACGUUUUCCUCUAAGUGGAAACACUUACAAACAUGAUCCAAUAAAAAAGUUUAGGGUCGGCAUUUCGGCGUCCGUUCGGUCGGGAAAUCGGAAACCCACAUUUUUUUUUGGCCUUGUUAAAAAACCUGUUUUACCUGUCCUGCUCACAACUGGAAAGCCCUGAUAUAAAACUAAUGUUAUUCCGAACAAAGUUUCAGGGUUUUUUUUAAAUAGAUUGUGCAUUGUGUAUUCAUGCGCUCAUAGUGUGUUCAUGUAUUUCAUUAUAACAGACAGCCUCGAUUGAAGUGGAGACGGUGCAAAGUGUCGUGGAACAGAAUGGUUUUGUUGCGAUUCACGAACAGAACUUGAAAGUCGAGGAAGACGGAGAGGGUUGGGAGACUGUUUGCUAUAGCAAGAAAAACAGGACGCCCGAGAAAUGUAGCAGUGAAUGUAGCAGUGAAUCACGUGAUAUUUCACAUGAUUACGGAGGGGAACCGAGAGUGAAAGGACUUGUUACGGUAAGCGGCGAUCUACAGCCAAUAUUGAAACGAGUAAUCCCCGCGGAGAAAGAUCGUAGCUCGGUCAACGAGGAUAACGGGUCAGCGGCUGAUAAUUGUCCAGCAAUAGUUGAUAGUAAACCAGUUACAUCGGGCGAUGAUACUCUGGGAAACGGGGUGGAGGCGUUAGCUGGGAAUGUAACCUGUGAUGCUGAUGAAAGCGUUUCUCCAAUUAUACGCCAGGAAUCCAUCGAAGAUAAGGAGUUGUCGGA